AUGGCUUCGCCAACUUGGAACCCGUUCUCGGCUCUGCUAGUGACCCCAAAAGAACUUUAUCAAGCCAUAACUUCAGACUCUCGCCCUCGCCGGAUUAUCCCGGUCGCUGCUGGCCAAACGUCCUCUCUAGAUCAAUAUGAAAAACACCACAUUCCAGGCUCGAUAUUCUUCAACAUGGAACAAAUAAGAGACACAAGCUCUCCUUAUCCCCAAAUGCUUCCAUCGGCAGAGCACUUUUCGAAAAGCAUGCAAGAUCUCGGCGUCCAACCGGACGAUAUCCUUGUGGUCUACGACCUCCUGGAGGUUGGACUUUACUCUUCACCACGCGUCGCGUGGGCCUACCGCCACUUCGGCCAUCGCGACGUCCGUGUCCUGAACAACUUCCCUCGCUACGUGAGCCAGGGAUACCCCGUAGAAUCUGGGCCUUCACAUACCCUUGACACAAAGCCGAGCCACUACCCCGUCAAAGAACCGGACGCAAGGGAGGUGAUAUCCUACGAGGAACUACGCGAUUCUCUCAUUUCUAGUCCAAAGCACGACGAGUUCCAGAUUAUCGAUGCUCGAAUCGCCGGUCGCUUCUCCGGAAAGGAACCAGAGCUCAAUCCCACCUUACGGUCGGGACAUAUGCCAGCGGCGCUGAACGUACCACUCGCUUCGAUACUCGGAGCUGAGAAGACGAUUCUGUCGGCUGACGAGCUGAGAAAUGUAUUCCAGGCGGCCGGAGUCAAGGACAACGUUCCGGCAGUGCUGACGUGUAAUUCGGGUGUAACUGCCGCAGCGCUGGAUUUGGCUCUGCAACUGAGUGGCUACGGGAUGGAGCGCAGGCUCUACGAUGGGAGCUGGAUGGAAUGGACGCGUCGAGCAGACGAUGAGGGGUUGAUUGUGAAUUCGCCGCAGUAA